UUCUCACUCGGACGCACUAGUCUCCUGUAGCAUGUCCUAGCCCACAUUUUUUCUUUAGAACUGAUUAUAUUGAACUGGAAGUUUCUCACCCUGGUUUAUUAUUUAUUUCAUUAGUUAAGACUAAACCUGGUGGAUUGCAUUGACUAUUUGGAAGGUAGAAAGCGGAAAAUAGCUAGUCUGACUGGCACCAAACCUCAAACUAAAUCAAGCUACAAAGAUGAUAGGAUGAAACAGAACAGAUGCUGACCCCCAACACCAUGAAGUGCACAUCACUUUGUUCGUUUGGGAUUGUUUUUUUUCUCACCUUAAGCUGUGCUAUCGGUUCCUUUGAAAAAUGUGUAACAAUAGAUCCAGAUUCUCCGCGAUAUAUUACAGUGGAACUGGAGAAGGAAUUUACAGCUUUUUGUUAUAUUCAUAACAAUAAAUACAGCUCUGAUGAUGUUACAUGGUCGUUUGAAAAUUUUACAAUCCCAAGGGAGUCCUACACAAAGAUAAACAAAUCUGUUGUUGCUCUUACUGUGAAUAUCAUUAAGGAAAUGAAUAACCCGUUGAUGUGUGAGACUACUAAACAGACAGCUUCAUAUGAACCUCGAUGUGUAUAUGGCAUCUAUCUUAAAAAAGGAUAUCCUCCAUUAAAGCCUAAAGGUUUAAAAUGUGUUGCUCAUCAAGAUAGCGAAAGCAUUUCUAAUAAACUGAGUUGUUCAUGGGAUCCAGGAACAAGAGACCCACUUUUAAACACCUCCUAUACACUUCAUGCCAGGUCUUUACCGGAUACUUAUACUGCUACAAGUAACAACUAUCUAACAAGCAGCCUCACUGUAACUUUAAAUAUCUUCCCCAAUCACAUGCAGUUAACAGUUUGGGUAGUAGCACAGAACGAACUGGGGGUUGUGAAGUCAGAUGAAUUGACUAAAGAUGCAGAAUAUUUUGCGAAACCAAAUCCACCUGCAAAUGUAAGGAUUAUUCCAGACAGUGGUUUCUCCACAUCCCUAAUCGUAAACUGGACACAUCCAAUUCAUGAAACAGUUUUCAAGCUCAAAUAUCACAUCAGAUAUUGCAAAGCAGGGAGCAGUGUUUGGCAAGAGAUCUCCCAGAAUUUAACUAAAGCAUACAUUCAGUCCUUCAGACUGCAGUUUCUUCAGCCUUACACUGAUUAUGUGGUGCAGGUUCGCUGCAUUCAUCAUAAAGAUUUGGGCUACUGGAGUGAUUGGAGUCCAAAUUCAACAGCUCGUACCCCAGAAGCCAAACCUGUUGGUAGACCAGCUCUCUGGAGAGUUUAUGAAAAGGACACAGUUGUCAAGCUGAUGUGGAAGGAUCCUAUAAAGCCCAAUGGCAAAUUACUCGGAUAUGACUUGGAAAUUACUAAAAAUGGACAUUCUGAGAGGCAUGUUAUUAAUUCCACAGAGUAUAAUUUCACUUUAAACAACGAAGAGACUCGAGUCAAAAUUACUACAAAUAAUUCAGUAGGAGUUUCACCUGCAGCCACUUUAAUAAUAACAAGACCUGGAAAAGAGUUUCGCUCUGGAGUGGAACAAGUGAACUGCUCAGCGAGAGAUGGGCUGCUGUGGGUCAGCUGGCUUCCAGCCUCCGUCAGACCCUCUGAAUAUGUGAUCGAAUUGGUUUCAGUGCCUAAUAAAGAGAUAGUCUGGCAAAAAGCACUGAACAGUGUCAGUACUGUCUCCUUUAAAGAUUUGAAACCAUUCAAACGCUACAACAUAUCGGUCUACCCACUCUAUCUACAUAAUAAGUCCUACAUACCAGGAGCACCAGGCACUGCACAAGCCUAUCUCCAGGAACAAGCUCCUCUCAGAGGUCCCACUGUUAAUGUGACCGCAACCGGAAAAAACAGCGCUCAGCUGAAAUGGGACGAAAUUCCUAUCGAUGAUCAGCAAGGAUUUAUUACUAAUUACACAAUCAUCUAUAAAACAGGAAACAAAGAGCACAAAAUUGGCGUUUUGCCAAACACCUACUCUUGGAAGCUGACUGAACUAGAUAGUAAUAGUCAUUAUGUUGUAUCCAUCGUGGUAUCAAACCAGAACGGCUCAAUAACAGGUCCUGGAUCCAAUUUCUACACAAAAAAGUAUGAUGACGGUGAAAUCGACGUGAUUGUCGUGGUGGUGUGCUUGAGCUUCUUGUUCCUUGUUCUUUUCAUAAUGUUCAUCAUCAUCAGAAAGAAAGAGCUAAUAAAGAGGCGUUUCUGGCCGCAGGUCCCCGACCCGUCCCACAGCACUAUUGCUAACUGGUCCCCUGACUGUCCCAACAAGCCAAACACUCCAAAAGAAAGCAUCUUGACAGAAGUAAGUGUGGUGGAGGUAGACGAUGGAAAGUCCUUGUGUGAUGAGGAUAAAGCAGUAAUGCCACUCAAGAAGGACUUUUCUGAGGAGCGCAGCAGCGGCAUCGGUGGUUCGUCCGGUAUGUCCACUCCGCGGCAGAGCGUGUCCUCUAAUGACGAGGCUGAUUCUGGCCAGACCACGGCCAGCACCGUGCAGUACUCUGCCGUAGUGAGCAGCGGCUAUAAGGGCCAAACUCCCAGCACUCAGGCGGCCAUGUUCUCCCGCUCCGAGUCGACCCAGCCCCUGCUGGAAAGUGAGGAAAAUUCAGAGCAUCUCUCCGACACCAGCAGCAACGACAUAAACUCCUACUUCAAACGACGUAAAGAUCUUGAGCAAUUGCACAUGGACGAGGGAGAGGAGCCCAGCUUUGGCUCUCUGGGCUUUAGUCCAAUGGAGGAGGAGGACUCGCCAACUCUGACUGAGGAUUCUCCGGGUCCUGCUCCAAGCUACAUGCCGCAACAGAGUGGCUACCGGCCCCAGUGAGCAGACAUAAACACUCGGGGCGUUAACGCAAUCCUGUGCCUUCUUCUGGUGACCUGAUUAUCAUAAAUCUCUAAAUUUCACACUAACUGCUGCUAAAUUACAGAAACUGAUUGUUUCAUGGUCGUGUUCCAGUUUUCAGAUAAAUUUAUAUUGUUGUCAUGUUCAGUAUCAGCAUAUCUACUUGCAAUAACAGUUUAAUUUUGUAUAGUGACACUUUUUUUAAUUCAGUAUUUGAAUAUUUGCAGAUUGCCACUGUAAUGUUACACAUGCUAUGGGUUUAAAGCAUAUACAGUACCCUCCAGAAUUAUUGGCUCUCAUUAGAAUGAGUAGAAAUAAUUAAUAAAAUUGGAUGUGUUAUUUUACUUAAUCAUACUGUGACAUAUGUUUUUAGAUAGUUUUAUAUUGUUUCUAUUGUCCCAAAUUCAAAGGUAGCACUUUUAUUCCUUACAAGAUAGUGCCUAUGGAAGAAUAACCAAGUCUCUUCUGGUAGUAUCUGGCCUUGUGGAGAUCUUUGCUAAUGCCUUAACCUCCUUGCAGAGGACAACCAGUUUUUGUUUUUUUUUUUUUAUCAAAAAGAUCCCGGUACUUUAUAGUCAUCAAGCCCCUUAACCGUCAGCCACAAAAGAGCCUAAAAGCUUCAGUGAUCACCCAGCAAAUAUCAGAGGAUGUUUUUUCCCUCAGUAAUCAGGCAUACUGAUAAUGUGCAUCAGCAAAACAUUUUGGUCUCCACUGGCUACAGCACACAGGGCCAGUGGUGGUUUUAGUGAUGCAUGGUGAAGCCGAGGAGCUUCAUCAUGUGAGAUGCUCUCAGAAGGAGCUUCUUCGUUUCUGUAGUUCCAAACAGCUUGUUGUUUUGAAAGUAGUCAGAUCAGCUGUUCAAUUCUUAAAAUGAGAUCUUUCAGAUGGGCUUUACUUACCCACUGAGCUUUAUUACACAACAGUGUGCUAAUGGAUCUAGUUCCUGUAAAAGUUCCUACCAUUUCAGACUGUUUUAUUAUCAAAACUGUAAUAAUAUUUUUUUAAUAACCAGUUUUUUUACUGUAAAUGUAGCAACCACUAGUAUUUGUUUUUUUUCACGGUGGUGGGUAAGGAUUUAACAACCAUGCAAUCUUAAACUAUAUAACCCAGAGACACAGGAUCAUAGUCAAAGGCAAAACAGAUCCCGCAGACUAUGAGACAAGUUUAAAAAAAUUUAUAUAUAUAUAUAUAUAUAUAUUUACAGUUUUUUGUUUGUUUUUUUCUUUUAAGAUAUAAAUAUAAGAUUUUGAGAAAAAAGAUUAUUUAAAAGUUUUACACAUUUUCCUGAUAAAACAAAUAGGUCCUCCUACUGUUUAAGUCUACAUUUUGAAUUAUUGUGUGCAAUGAAGGGUGCCAAUAUUUAUGGAGGUCACUACUGUAUAAGAACAUGGCUGUGCCAUUUAAUUAUUAAUCCCCAUGCAAAUAUUUACUCUAAAGGAGUAAGCUGAUAAAAUGCAUUUUUAAGCUUACUGUUUAGUCUGCAUUGUGCACGCAGUUACUGAUUUAUGUUUAUUGGGUUUGAAAGAAAAGAAAUAUAUAUAUUUUUGGGAUAUAGUUUUUUUUUGAUAGUCAGCAGAGAAUACAGCAGCUGCAAGUGUUUUUCUUUUUUUAAAUAUGUCCUAAAGUUUCAUCACGCUCUUAGUCCAGCUUAGAUUGAUUUAUUGUGAUCAGUGAUUGGUUGUGGCAGUGAGCAAGUUGCUUUUGGGAUGUUUUUGGCCUGAGGUUACAAUUCAGUUUAACUCGCUUUACAUUUAUGAUCCUCAGUAUGGACAGAGAAUUCAGAAGUACUGGCACCUAGGGUGCGUUUUAAGAGAAAAGUACACGGAAGAACUGUGUAUUUCUGAAGUAUUAUUGCACUUUUUGCCACCUGCUAUGGAGCGCCAGCCAAUUUUUGAGGAUGUCCAUAUUCCACAUGUAUAAACGUUGUGUGUAUAUAUAUAUAUAUAUAUAUAUAUAUACAAAUAAACUCAACACUACAUUAAAUUUGAAGUUAGAGCUGUUUAAUGCAUGCUUUUCACAUAUCGAUUUCCAGUAUGUUAUGAACAAGUCAUCACUGACAUUACACUUUGUAAUAAUCCUAUGUGAAAUAAAGGCUCAUUUAUCAAAAUCA